AUGCUUCACUCUCGCCUUCGACCCCUCCCCCGCCGUCAUCCCCAACCGGCUGAAUCAGCCCCCGCCCCCGAUUUUGAAGAUCUCGAUCAAGACAUCGAUGAAUCCCCCGAGGAGCUCUUCUCCUCCUUUCUCCCUCAUCUCUUCCCGGAUGACGCUCCCUCCUUCCACGGUGAUCCCGGCCAGCACCUCCUCUACGGCUCCCCUCGCUAUGGCGACCUCGAGAUCAUGGUCCCCUCCUACCCGGGCCAGGACGAGAACCGCAACAAAGAAAUCGCUGCGGGCAACGAGGUAGACGAUGUCGAUAAGGGACGGAAACUAUUUGCGCAUUUCCUAUGGAGUGCCGCCAUGGUGGUGGCGGAGGGAGUGGAAAAGGCAGAUAGUCCUGAGUCGAAUCCAGAGACGGAUAUCUGGAAGAUCAAUGGAGAGAGCGUGUUGGAAUUGGGCGCUGGCGCCGGUCUUCCCUCGAUCAUUUCUGCCCUCGCAAAGGCAUCCACCGUCACCGUCUCCGAUCAUCCCUCCUCGCCUGCCUUCUCCGGUGCUCUCUCCUUCAACGUCAACCACAACAUCACCCCGAAUCACACCUCUACCAACGUCCACAUUCAACCCCACGAAUGGGGCGUCCUCGACGACUCCUUCGCCCUUCAAAACAAGAACGCCUUCACCCGUAUCAUCGCCGCAGACUGCUACUGGAUGCGCUCUCAGCACGAGAACCUCGUGCGCACCAUGCUCUGGUUCCUGGCCCCGAACCCCGACGCGGCCGUCUGGGUCGUCGCAGGCUUCCAUACUGGCCGGGCGAUUGUGGCUGGGUUCUUUGAGACAGCCGUUCAAUUGGGGUUGGUGAUUGAGCGGAUUUACGAGCGGGAUUUGAACUCGGUGACCGAGGAGGGCGGCGAGGUGAGAAGAGAAUGGGUGCCGGAACGAGAAGGCGAGGGAAUUGAAAAUCGAAAGAGAUGGUGUGUUGUUGCUGUUCUCAAAAGACCAAGUCAAUAG